AUGGCAGCCAAUGUGACCAUGAUCCAGCCUCCUAACAAGCGGCCACUGCGAUCAAUAGGUCAUACAGCCACUACUUCCAAGCUGACAAAACCUUUUCGAUCACCACUCGUAAGAAAAUCAUCGUCAUCAGUAUCCACGGGUUCCGGCAAGGUAAAUGAAUCGUCAGUAGCUACUCAGCAAGCGCAGACGGAAAGUCAUGAUACGAUUGCUGCCGCACCUGGAGCUCUCGAUACCGCCAUUGAUGAUGCUAACAAUGGCCAUGAUGCCGACACCAACGAGCUCUAUCAGCAAUAUAUGAACCUCAGUCGUCAGUUGACACAAAUGCGUCAGUCACUUGACACUGCGCAACAGGCUCUGAACAUCCUCAAGACGGAUCAGGCGCAUGUCAUGCAAGUGUUGACUGACAAAUGGACGUGCGUGGUCCGUGGCACGGCUGAAGAGCUUUUCGAAGACAUGAAGACUCGUGCCGAGAACGAAAGUGCUUGGUCUAGGCCUCGUCAACGAUCACCACCAUGGGAAGACGCAAAGCCGACAUUGUCCGCAGAGGAGCAAGAACUGUUAAGUUUCAUACAAAAUGAGGAGCAUGCCGAAGCGCUCAAAUAUGGUCUGGUUGAUAGUGUUGAACCGCCCGACGAAGCGCCCGAGCAGCCACCCUUCACUAUGGCCACCAUGCUCCGCCAAAUGGACAUCGACCUCGAUCUUGUCGGAUACGAUGAAAAGGAAGAGCGAUUCAAGACCUGA